AUGGUGUCCACGACAUCCAUCCUUGCUAUUGCCGCGGCAGUUGCCACUACCAUCGACUACGUACAGGCCCACGGCUACAUCGCCAAGCCAGCUCCUUCCUGGAAGGCCUCGAAAACAAAUAACUGGGUUGUCGAGAUUGAGCCCCAGUGGAAGGGAGGCUGGGACGAGUCCAAGGGUGACGAGGGUCUUUUGGCUACGUUCAAGGAACUGGCGCCUAAGAACAACUUCAAGGAUGUCCGGUCUCUCAUGGACGGCAACCCGGUGUUCGGUGAGGAAUGCGGUUUCACAGACCCCAAGGGCAAACCUUCGGAGCCGCCCUCGGAUGGCACGGCCACCUUCUCUCGUGGUAUUGUCCACGCUGGUCCAUGUGAGAUCUGGCUGGAUGAUAAAAUGGUCCUCCAAAAUGACGACUGCCAGUCCGCGUACGGUGAUGGUACGCAGCAGACGAUCGCGGUCUUCAAGCCUGUGGACUACUCGUCGUGCGCCGCGGGAGGCUGCAUGCUUCGUUUCUACUGGCUCGCGCUGCAGCGUCUCAAAGGAAAGACGGUGUGGCAGGCGUACAAGAACUGCAUCCCUUUAACGGGCCCGGCUGGUGGAGGUGCCUCGCAGCAGGACCCGGCGACCGGCGGUGGCUCGGACACGUCUCAGAAAAACCCUGAUGAGGAUCCCUCGCAGCAGGACCCGGCGACCGGCGGUGGCUCGGACACGUCUCAGAAAAACCCUGAUGAGGAUCCCUCGCAGACCUCUCCAUCCACUGGCGACUCUAGCAAGAAGGAGGACUCGGACAAGGAGGAAGGCUCGGACAAGAAGGAAGACUCGGACAAGAUGGAGGGCGGCAGCAAGUCAGACACCCCCUCUGGUGGUGAGCAGCAGACUCCGGAGGCGCCGUCCAACCCCGCUCCAGAGACGCCGUCGAACUCCGCUCCAGAGACUCCUCCGGCCGACACGCCUGAGAUGGCUCCGGCCCCGGCUCCCAGCAGCAAAUGCAACGGCCGUCGUCGCCGUCGUUACUAG